UGGCACCGCGGGGCGGGGGGCGGGGGGGCGCGUGGCACCAGUGCCCGUUUGGGGCAAAGUAAGGCGAUCUUGGCGCCGCCGCGGGGCCUCUGCAAGCUAAGUUAGGCAGCCGGGGCGCGCACCGUCGCCAGUCUCCUCGCGGCACUCCACAGGGCAGCCCGUCCUUAGCGUUUUCAGUUUCUUCGUUUGUUGGUCUUGAGCCACCCACCACACCGCCACCAUGGACGCCAUCAAGAAGAAGAUGCAGGCGAUGAAGCUGGAGAAGGACAACGCUAUGGACCGGGCCGAUACCCUGGAACAGCAGAACAAGGAGGCCAACAACAGGGCGGAGAAGGCCGAGGACGAGGUCAACAAGCUGCAGAAGAAGAUGCAGCAACUCGAGAACGACCUGGACCAGGUGCAGGAGUCGCUGCUCACCGCCAACAACCAGCUGGAGGAGAAGGACAAGGCCCUGUCCAACGCCGAGGGUGAGGUUGCCGCGCUGAACCGCCGCAUCCAGCUGCUGGAGGAGGACCUGGAGCGUUCUGAGGAGCGCCUCAACACCGCCACCACCAAGCUGGCCGAGGCGUCCCAGGCCGCCGACGAGUCCGAGCGUAUGCGUAAGGUGCUGGAGAACCGCUCCCUCUCCGAUGAAGAGCGCAUGGACGCCCUUGAGAACCAACUGAAGGAGGCCCGAUUCUUGGCUGAGGAGGCCGACAGGAAAUACGAUGAGGUCGCCCGUAAGCUGGCCAUGGUUGAGGCCGACCUGGAGAGAGCCGAGGAGCGCGCAGAGAGUGGUGAAUCGUCCCGGAGGAGGCGCCCUAACCCCCCAUUCACCCCACAGGCCAACCAGCGUGAGGAGACCUACAAGGAACAGAUCAAGACCCUCGCCAACAAGCUGAAGGCGGCUGAGGCUCGUGCUGAGUUCGCUGAAAGGUCUGUGCAGAAGCUCCAGAAGGAGGUCGACAGGCUUGAAGACGAACUGGUUAACGAAAAGGAGAAGUACAAGUCUAUUACCGACGAGCUGGACCAGACAUUCAGCGAACUGUCUGGCUACUAAACACUGUCGCUCUGCUCUUCCGCCACCUCUCUUCUUAUGCCCAGCUGGCCUGUUACCUAUUAUUUUUUUUUCCACAAAGCUUAUAUAAUUGAGUUAUGAGAAUUCCUUUUACUUUUGUUUUUAUGAGUUGCAUUUGACAUCCAGUUAAGUCGACAUCACCAAAUCAUUCGUCACGAUUGGUAAAGUCUGCCAUUCUGAUCAUAUUAUUAAUCCUGGUACACACACAAACUUGAUUAUCUUCACUCUUCAAUCUCAAGAACAAUAACUGCCUUAAUAAGUUGUGGUUCAUGUCCUGCCAUGAGUCAGUCACUGUCAACAAACAACACAUGCCAGAAUAUUUAUUGUCACCGAACGUUCGUUGUGAGCGUCUGCACGACGCCGCGGCGUGGCGGCGGCGGCGGCGGCGGCCCCGUGCUGUAAACUUCUCACCGUCUGUUACAGAUGAACUUGUUAAUGAGAAAGAGAAAUAUAAGAACAUUGCCGAUGAGAUGGACCAGGCGUUCUCAGAAUUGUCAGGAUUCUAAGUGUGGCAAACAGCUGGUGGGCGCCCACACGGUGCUUGGACGGGCGCGGCGCACCGCGGGUGUGUGACGGGGCACACCCGGCCACACCCGCGGCACGCCCACGCCCCUGCGGACUGACUUGACUGACGGCCGAGACGCGCCCCACCACCACCACCACCAUCACAACAACACCUCCUGGCCUGCCAACGUCCGCCUGUGUGGGCCGAGUCCUGGAGCGGCGGCCUCAGCGGGCCCGGCAGCGCCCGGGCCCCCUGGCGCCGCGCCGCCCCCACACCACCACCAUCGCCGCUGGCGGAGCUCCGGGGUUCGGCCCUCGUCUAGAUGUUACCGAAUGUAAGGGUGCAAAGGUUCACCUCGAGUUGCAAUCAGUCCUUAUGCGUUAUGCAUUUACUAUAUGAAUUAUUAGUAAUAUAUAAGUUAAUAUUAUUCAUCAUUUAAAAAUCUGGAUCUUAUACUUACAGAAUGAUUGUACACUGUUUAACGUGUAAUAAAUUUUGUAAACAAAGAGCGUGAUAUCUAUUAUGUCCCACGCCAAGUGGAGAAGAAUGAAGAGCUGUGUCUCAUUGUUAUAUUUAUUGUGGUAAGAAAACUUAAAACUAUAAAACUAACUUAGGCUGUCCACUUGUUGUACUCUGUCUGCUGUUCCGGGCUGCGGCUCGGCUGCCCGCGGAGGAGCCGCGCCCCAUGCCGGCGGCCGCAAUGUACACCUUGCGACACAAUAAACUUUGCCACUUCUCUGCCAAAAUUGUAAUAUCAGUAACUUGUCUGCCAUGCUGGGAUGUGACUGAAAUACACUGUACUCGAGUG